AUGGCAAACUUCUCGGUAGAGUGGCUUUCCAAAAGUUAUUACGAGGAGACGGCUCUACAGGCUAAGGAUGCUGCGCUUCAUUCAAAAGUCCAUAGUAAAAUGGAGGAAUUUCCAAAGGAAUCACGAAGCCAGUUCACUCCGACCUCACCAAACAAUAGUUGCGGUUACACUUCGGGGUCUGAGAGUGAGGUUGGAGAUGACAGCGAGGAGGAAGCCACCCAGCAACGAAGGAUGAGGACCAAGUUCACCUCCGAGCAAAUCAGCAAGCUGGAGAAUACCUUCAGCAAGCACAAAUACCUGGGCGCGACACAGAGGAGGAAGUUUGCUGAGAAGCUGAACCUCUCUGAAGCUCAGGUGAAAACGUGGUUCCAGAACAGGAGAAUGAAGCUGAAACGGGAGGUUCAGGAGCUGCGCCCUGAGUUUCUCUCGGUCCCGGCGGCUCUGCUGCCGCCUGUGCUAUUUCAGCACCCCGUCCUGAGAGGACAGCUCCCCGCCACCAGCGGCUUCUACCCGCAGCUGCAGCCGCUCCACAGGACGGCGCUCCCCGCUCCUCUGCAGCCUGUCAUCCUGCCCCCACACUUCUACUGA